UUUUUCCUUACAAUUUAUCUACUUUUCUUUCUUCUUUUACUCUCAACAUACAUAUAUAAUGACAGAUAGUUGGGAUAGAACUAUUUUUGAUAAAGAACUCAAGUCAAUAUUGGACGGAAAACUUCCUGUUUCAGCUUCAAAAAUCACUUCACUUCAAACAUUAGCAAUUUCUCAUCCUCAGCAUCAUAAUUAUAUUAUACAAUGCAUCACAAGGUUUAUAGAAACUUCAUCUCCAGAAUAUCGUUUAGCAGGUUUGUAUGUGAUUGAUGCUAUUUCUCGUUCUGUACAUAAACAACAAAGGAAAAGAGAAGAAAAUAAUAAUUACGGUCCACAUGAACUGGAUGUUUUUUUGAAGAGAUUUGCUAUUGUGUUGAAGAAUGAUUCUUUGAAUGGCUGUUUUGAGCCAUGUUCAGAAAAGGAUAAGGAUAAAGUCAAAAAGACACUGGAUUUCUGGGAGCAGGGAAGCAUUUAUUCCAAAGAUUUGGUUCAACAUGUGAAGCAUUCUUUUCUGACAAGUAGUAGCAAGAGUGAUAGUUUAGAUAAAGAUACAGUAUCACCACCUGUAGAUGCAGCAAAACUUUUAGCCACUCUCAGUAAUAUUGGAAAUGGAAGUUUAGCAAAUCUUAAUAUUCCUGGUCUAAAUUCACCUGUGCCACCACCACCACCACCAGCAACAGCAGUAACAACAGCAGCAGCACUACCACCACCACCACCACCACUACAACAACAACAACAACAAGAAGAAAAGAUACUACCACCUGCUCUUGCCAAGUUAUUAGAUGGGCUUGUUUCUACUCCUUCAACAACUACAUCUGACUCACCUACACCCCCUUUAUCAGUACCUACAAUAACAGAUCCACGAGUAGGUAUGAAUGAUCCACGCAUGCAAGAACAAGCAUCAUCUCCAUCAAGAAAUGUCAAGAAUUGGCCCCCUCCACAAGGACCUUCUAUUCCUGCAACUCGACCAGGAGAAAGAAGAUCAAGAUGGGGUAAUGUAGAAAAGUCAACAACUAGUUAUCAAGAUCAAUGGCCUCAACAUGGUGCAAUUCAAGAUCCUCGUUUAAUGAAUAUGACUUUUCAUCAACCACAACCGCCUUUUACAAAUUAUUCCUUGACGGGUACAGAACCAUUUAUUGAUUCAAAUUUACCACCAGGAUGUAUUAAAGUUCUUACACGCACUUUGUUUGUGGGACCUAUUCCUGAUCAUUAUGAAGAAGAAGAUGUCUCUCGUUUAUUUUCAAAAUAUGGUCAACUAGCAAGUGUGAUUGUAGCUAAAAAGAUUAAAGGAAGACACAAUGCAUUUUUAAAGUUUACAACAAGAGCCUCUACAAAGGCAGCUAAAUUUGAUUCAGAGGGACUUGUAGUGGAGGGAGUCCCUGUGAAGGUGAAUUGGGCGUUUGGAUUUGGACCUAAAAAGCAUUUUAACUUUGAUAGAGGAGAAUCGAUUAUUCCUUUAGCUGAAUUAAGUUCCGAAGAAAAGAGUAAUCUUGUGACAGCACCUGUAGGUGGAUUCCAAGGACAACCUUUAAGGGAUAGAACAGUGAUUGAAGAACCCGAAGCACAAUAUCGACCUGAAUGGAAAUAUGAUAGUCAUGAAGAACAACAACAACAACGUAGUGGAUUUAAACGUCAACAACAUAUGAAUCAUGAUGAUGGAUUCAAUCGAAAAAGAGGAAGAUUUAACCAACAACAACAACAGUCACCUUAUCCACCCACUCAUAAUUAUCAACAACAAUUUAGAAAUAAUAACAGACAACAAGCAACGGGAUUUUAUCAACAAUCACAAAAUCAAUUUAGACCACCUGCUUUUUCAAAUAACAUACCACCUCCUUAUUAAGCUGUAAAAAAAAAAGAAAAAAAGAAAAAAAAAAAGCAUUAUAAUAAAUAUUUAUUAUAUAAAA